AUGGAAGAGACUGAGAUAUGUCAAGUUGAUAUAUCCUCGGAGGCAAAUAAGGAGAAUGAAAUCAUGGUACAAGAUACGAGUAAACCAGCUUCGAAAGUGGUUAGUGGAAGAUUGUGUAACAAAGCAGGGCAGCGAGAAAGUGGGAAAGGGAAAAAGGCGGGACAGAAUCCGGCUUUGAAGCCCAAUGGGCCAAAAGCAAAACCAAAGCACACUCAGCCACAAAUGAGCUUGGUGUUUGGCCCAUCUACAUCAUAUGGGGACCCAUCGUCAUCGGGGAAGAGACUACGGGUGGAGGUGGCGACUGUGGUGAGACCCGGUGAUGCGUUCUCAACCGGAUCUGAUGGCGGAAUCAGGCCGGCGAUGGUGGAUGAGGAAAGGCUGGCGAAUUUGGGAUCGUUUGAUUUGGGAUUGGAGGAGAGUCUGAAUCGAUCAGACCCGAUUGAGCAGACGUCGAUGAGUCAAGGCGGAUUGGGGUCAGUGGCUCUCUGA